AAUAUGGACAAUGAGAAGCUCAAGAAUAUGGACUGGAUGUAUGCGAAGCCAGAGCUCAAGAUUGAAGACUACAUGCUGGGCAGGAAGAUAGACAAACAACUCAUUCAACAUGUGUUUGGAGAAGACGAAGACGACAAAGCUGCCACGUCAGUCGGGGCUGCAUUCGAACAUCAGGGAAUGAAUCCGACAUACGAUCAGUUGUGUAAAUUGAGAGAAGAUCCACUGGUUGCUAUCAAAAGAGCAGAACAACAGAAGGCACGGCAAGUAGUUGAUAAUCCAGUUCUAAUGAAGAAGUUCAAAACUUACCUAAUGCAAAUGGUCGAAGACGAGAAGUCGAGUAAGAAGAAAAAGAGUAAAAGUAAGAAAAAUAAAUCAAAAAGAGACAAAGACAGAUCAAGAUCUGAAUCAUUUUCAGAAUCUUCAAAAAGGAAAAAUUCCGAGCGAGAAAUAACGAAGCGUUACAAUAAAUCCAGAUCUCGAUCCAGUUCUACAACGAAUAAACGAGGCAACAAAGAACGAAGAAUGGAACAGCCAAGAUCUAGAUCAAAUAGUUAUGAUAAAAGGAAGUCCAAAAAGUUCGCUGAUGGAGAAUUAAAAAGGGAGCUUAAAAUAUCACAACAUUCUCGGUCAAGGUCCAGAAGUCCCCCACGUGGACAAAUAGAAAGAAAAGGCGGAAAAGAUAAGCGACGGAGAAGUAAAUCUAGAUCAUUAUCUCAUUCUCCUGAACCAAAAACAUCGAAAUCCCAUAAAUAUAUUUCACAAAGCCAUUACAGAUCCAAAUCUCCUCAAGAGUCAAAUGCUACAAAGCUAAAAGCAGGCGAACCAUUUUCUUAUUCAUGUAAAAGCAAAAAUAGUGAAAAAUUUUGUCUUGAUUCAGGUUCUCAUAAAAGUAGAACUGACAAUUCUCGCAACGAAAGUAGAUCGUCAAAAUACAACAAUAAGACUUCAGGAGUGGUAUCCAAAGGGGCCUAUGUGCCUCCUAAGAUGACGGCAGAGGAGCUGGAGAGAAAGAGGAGGGAGAUGAUGGAGGAUGCGAAGGAGCACGAGGUGGUUCGGGUGAAACAGCUGAAGAGACACGAGGAGGCCAUGAGUAAAGAGGAGGAGCAGUUCAAGAAGAUGAAGUACACCGAGGAUCCAACCAGGUUCAUGAAGGCCCGCAACGAUGAUGGAAUGGAAGUUGCUGAUAGAAUCAGGGCGAAGUUGAACAACGUGCAGAGGACCAAAGCAGACAAUGACAAGUUCUUACGCAGAUGAUUUGUUUGCUUUUGUAUAGUCAGUCGGCAGAGUAGAUCAUGCAAUGACAAAAUUAAUUGCCAUGUGAUGAAAAUGUCGGGAUUUCACGUGUUGGAUGAGAAGUGCUAGCUCAAGGCAGAGGAAGUAGGAGAAAACGCUGGCUAGUUCAAAAAAAUAGUUUAGAACUUAUCCAUAAAACAAAAUGUAAUUUUACCGUCGGAUAUUU